ACCCGCGCGCCAUGCCCGCAGUCAAGAAGGAGCUCCCAGGCCGCGAAGACCUGGCCCUGGCCCUGGCCACCUUCCACCCGACCCUGGCCGCGCUGCCACUGCCGCCGCUGCCCGGCUACUUGGCGCCGCUGCCUGCCGCGGCAGCCCUGCCCCCGGCCGCCUCGCUGCCCGCCUCUGCUGCAGGCUAUGAAGCGCUGUUGGCGCCACCACUCCGGCCCCCGCGCGCCUACCUUAGCCUGCACGAGGCCACGCCGCACCUCCACCUGCCCCGAGACCCGCUAGCCCUCGAGCUCUUCUCGGCCGCGGCGGCCGCGGACUUCCAGCCGCUGCUGGACAACGGUGAGCCGUGCAUCGAGGUGGAGUGCGGCGCCAACCGUGCGCUGCUCUACGUACGGAAACUCUGCCAGGGCAGCAAGGGCCCGUCCAUCCGCCACCGCGGCGAGUGGCUCACGCCCAACGAGUUCCAGUUCGUCAGCGGCCGCGAGACGGCCAAGGACUGGAAGCGCAGCAUCCGCCACAAAGGAAAAAGUCUGAAGACGCUUAUGUCCAAGGGAAUUCUUCAGGUUCACCCUCCGAUCUGCGACUGCCCGGGCUGUCGAAUAUCCUCUCCGGUGAACCGGGGGCGGCUGGCAGACAAAAGGACAGUGGCCCUGCCUCCUGCACGAGCCCUGAAGAAGGAGCGGACCCCCAGCUUCUCUGCCAGUGAUGGUGACAGUGACGGAGGUGGCCCAGCCUGUGGACGGCGGCCGGGCUUGAAACAGGAGGAUGAUCCACACAUUCGGAUCAUGAAGAGAAGAGUCCACACCCACUGGGAUGUGAACAUCUCCUUCCGAGAGACAUCUUGCAGCCAGGACAGCGACCUUCCCACACUCAUAUCCAGUGUGCACCGAAGUCGCCACCUCGUUAUGCCCGAGCACCAGAGCCGCUGUGAAUUCCAGAGAGGCAGUGUGGAGGUUGGCCUGGGACCCACAGGUGACUUGCUGGGCAAGAGGCUGGGCUGCUCCCCCCACAUCACCAGUGACUGCUCUUCAGAGAAGAAGGCCCGGAGCGAGUCCCCUCGAGAGACUCUGCUGCUGCCAGAACUGGGACCCAGCAUGGCGCCUGAGGACCACUACCGUCGGCUAGUUUCGGCACUCAGUGAGGCUGGCAGCUUUGAGGACCCACAGCGUCUCUACCACCUGGGCCUCCCCAGCCAUGAUCUGCUGAGGGUCCGGCAGGAGGUAGCAGCUGCAGCUUUGAGGAGUCCCAGUGGCCUGGAAGUUCACCUGCCCUCAUCCACAGCAGGUCAGCGCCGGAAGCAGGGCCUGGCUCAGCACAGGGAGAACACCACUGCAGCUGCUGCCCCGUCCUUCUCCGAGAGGGAGCUGUCGCAGCCGCCCCCCUUGCUGUCGCCCCAGAAUGCCCCCCACAUCGCCCUGGGUCCCCAGCUCAGACCCCCUUUCUUGGGGGUGCCUUCGGCUCUGUGCCAGACUCCAGGCUACGGCUUCCUGCCCCCUGCCCAGGCGGAGAUGCUUGCCCGGCAGCAGGAGCUCCUUCGCAAGCAGAGCUUGGCCCGGUUGGAGAUGUCUGCGGAGCUGCUUCGCCAGAAGGAACUGGAGAGCGCACACCGGCCACAGCUGCUGGCGCCGGAGGCGGCCCUGCGUGCCCCUGACGGUGCCGACGAGCUGCAGCGGCGCGGGGUGCUAGUGCUUAAACACAGCUCCGCGCCGCUUCUGGCUCUGCCUCCGCAGGGUGCCUCGGGUCCGGAGCCUCCUACCUCGCCCCGGGAGCCUGCCCGCAGAGCACCCCGGAAGGGAGGCCCUAGCUCUGCCUCAGUCCGGUCCAGUGACUCCAAGGAGACGACAGCAUCUGGGAUCUGGGCUCAAGAUGUCUCAGAGGAAGAGCCCCCCAAAGACUCAGACGGAGAGGACCUGGAAAUAGCACCGACAGGAGGCCGUAGCUCUACCCCAGGCCAAGCCCCAGCAGGAGGGACCAGCGCUGAGGGGAAGGGGCUGCUUUCAGGGUCCACCCUGCCCCCUCCAUUGCCCUUGGGCUUCCCCUAUGCGGUCAGCCCCUACUUCCACACAGGCACCAUGGGGGGACUCUUCGCUGAUGGGGAGGCAGCCACAUCCCCUGAGGACGUCAGCAAGUGGACUGUGGAUGAUGUCUGCAGCUUCAUUGGGGGCCUGUCUGGCUGUGGGGAGUAUGCUCGGGUGUUCAGAGAACAAGGGAUUGACGGGGAGACCCUGCCUCUGCUGACCGAGGAGCACCUGCUGACCACUAUGGGGCUGAAGCUGGGGCCUGCCCUCAAGAUCCGGGCCCAGGUGGCCAAGCGCCUGGGCCGAGUUUUCUACAUGGCCAGCUUCCCUGUGGCUCUGCCGCUGCAGCCGCCAACUCUUCGGGCUCCUGAGCAGGAGCUUGCCUCCAGAGAGCAGCCCUUGUCCCCAACAACAGCCACCUCCCCCUAUGGGGGGGGCCACCCACCCACUAGCCGAGCCUCACCCAAGCCAGAGAAUGGAACCACAGCUCUACUCCCAGGGCCCCCGGAUGCACCCAGUCUCUGUGCUGAGCUGGCCAGUAGGCUGUCCACAGUGCCAGCACAGGAUACAGCAGCCCUACCCCACAGCUUUCUCCCUUUUGAUUUUGGAUGCAAAAACAUCAAGAAUUUUUAAAAGGAAAAAAUAUGUGACUUAAGAGAAACUGAAUGAGUUUUCAAAGGACUUUCUGGGGUGACUGCAAAGGUCUACAGACAAACCAAAGACAAAAGGAAUACAGGAAAACCGUGGAGCCACCUCUGGAGCGGGCUGCUCUGACCUGGCAGCAGGGCCAGCUUCCUGCAGAGUGCCAGCUCCUAUUGCCCAGGUCAGCACAUCUCUUGGUACAUCUGGUCUGUCGUGCUCCAACAAUAAAGCACUGUCCACUA